AUGUCUGUUCCUCCUCCUUGUCCUUGUUGUGUUCAUUGGAUUGUCCAUAACGGGUUCUGUUGUGAAUGCAAAUCUGCCGUGGACUGGUAUAAGGGUCGACUAAAGAAUUGCACUAGGAUCAAAGAUCCCAAUUGUGAUCAUUCAAUGUCUUACCGUGGAUACUGUAGCAGGUGCUGUCGUAAGGUGGACGAAAGCAAUGGAGAGUUUUUCAAUUACAUAUCCCAAGGUCAGCAUUUCAGCUACAAAUACAUAGCUUACAUGAAACGGCAGAGGUUUGGAAUCGGGUACGGACAGAGGAAGCUUCACUUGGUUGUUGACUUGCAACACGUGCUUCUAGACUCAAAUGGUGUUUUGGUAAAGUUACGACCUUUCGCUCGGGAAUUCCUCCGUGAAGCAAACGAGCUCUUUACCAUCUAUGCAUACACCAAAUCGGACCCCAAGCAAGCCCGCAGUUUUAUUAAGUUGCUUGAUCCGCUGAAAAUAUUCUUCCCAAGUCGGUUCAUUACAAUCGCUGAAGAGAAGAGGAAGAAGAAGAGUCUUGAGUUUGUCUUGGCGGAAGAAAGAGGGGUUGUGAUUCUUGAUUGCAAGUCUGAGACGUGGGAGAAGGAUGAUGAGAGAAACUUGCUUCUGAUUAAGAGUUAUGAUUAUUUCAAAGGAAUGGAGUAUCAACAAGGAUUUAUCACGAAAUUCAUCAACUUCUUCAACAAGUCUUCUUCAGAGGAGAAGAGAAAUGAAAAAGAAGAAGAAGAUGAUGAUGAUGGAGUGCUGGUGGAUGCACUCAACUCCCUCAAGACAAUUCACCAAAGAUUCUUUCAUGGCCAAUGUAAAGACGUGAGACUUUUGUUACAUCCCUCACCCAUAUAA